AGCGGCUGCCGGCAGCUUUGACCGCUCGUCUGCUGCUGCUCUUCUCUCGUUGACUUUCAGCUGUUGUUGUUGUUGUUGUUGUUGGCCAUGAAGGAGACGAGGACGCUGCUCCUGCUGGGCCUGCUGGGCCUGCUGGGCCUGGCGCUGAUGAUGGACGCCAUCUCGGCCGCAGAGGAAACGUGUGAUGGCCGCUGUGGGUCCUUUGAUCCAAACAGGAAGUGUCAGUGUGAUUCCAUGUGUGUUUACUACGGAAGUUGUUGUCCCAACUUUGACAGCAGCUGUCCCAGGAAAGUGCGUGGUGACGUGUUCAGCGAGGACGAAGACGAGCAGCCCACAGAGGAGACGCCUCUCGACAUGCUCGUCCCAACCGAGAUGGCGAGCGCCAUCACGACAGAGGUCCCCAGCGUGUGGCCAACACAGACGGGGACGCCGUCAAACGCCACCACAGCGCCGCCCACAGACAGAGACGCGGCGGCCUGCAGUGCGCGGCCCUUUGACGCCUUCCUGCAGCUGAAGAAUGGAUCGGUGUACGCCUUCAGAGGCGAAUAUUUCUUUGAACUGGACGACAAAGCCGUGCUUCCUGGUUACCCGAAACUAAUCCAGGACGUGUGGGGGAUGGCGGGGCCCAUCGAUGCCGCCUUCACACGCAUCAACUGCCAGGGAAAGACGUACAUUUUCAAGGGACGACAGUACUGGAGGUUCGAGGGCGACGUCUUGGACGAGGGCUUUCCUUUGGACAUUUCCGAGGGCUUUGACGGCAUGCCCGACGACAUCGACGCCGCCUUUGCCGUGCCGGCGCCGAGUCACAUCGGCAAGGAGAAGGCCUACUUUUUUAAAGGCGAUCGCUACCACGUGUACGAGUUUGUCAACCAGCCGUCCCACCAGCAGUGCGUGCAAAUGAGCAGGUCCUCACCUUCGCUCUUGUUCACGCGCUACACCGACCUCUUCUGUGACCUCACCUGCGAGGAUCUCUUCUCCAAGCUCUUCGGCGGGACAGGGGGAAGCCAACACUUGGGGCCGCAUCUCAUCAGAGAGAACUGGAUGGGCAUCACCCCCCCUGUGGACGCCGCCAUGGUGGGGCGUGUCUUCAUGAGCCCCAGACUCUCGCCAGCUCCUCCCCCUUCUGGUAGAGGAUCCAAAAGGUACAGGGAGAGGGGGCCCAGCAGGAGGUACCGGGGGAGGAAAACUCGCCGGGCUAUUUUUGACGAUUUUUUCAUCGACUUGUUCGACAUCGGAGACACGUCUGAGGAGGUUGCUCCGCCCCCACCGCCUCCUAAAAGGACGCCCGUUCAAUACGUUUACCUGUUCAAGAAAGAUCGCUACUACAGAGUGGACCUGCGGACAAGACGCGUGGUCGCCGUCCAGCCGCCUUACCCACGAUCCAUCGCCAAGUUCUGGAUGGGCUGCCAGCAGGAAGACGCGGCUGACACGUCACGCGCUGAAAAAAGAUGAGAGGGGUCAUUCCUCAUAGAUGUCUAAAAAAAAGUCUUUACGAUAAUUCAGUAUUUUAUGUCGACGAUGCAUAAAAAAUACUAACAUGUUCUCUUCUAUGCAUGAAUAAAGUCAAUACAUCAGCA